AAAUUGAAAAAUCGUCACUCUCAAUCUUUCCCUCUCCCACACACAAGAACAAACACAAACACAUACACAACGCACAUCCAGUCAUCCACUCCCUUUCUUCGUACUCUCCGACGGACCAUCCCAAUAUCUACCACAAGUUUGAUGUUUGAGCCCGAUUACUAGCUAUCCCCCCUAUCGGAGUCUCUUGAUUCCGAUUCCGGCGAAUCCUUCAUGUCUUCUCCAUAAUGACCCGGACCCGAUUCGCCCUGACUGGGACCUCCGAACAAGACACCAAGCCCACUACCACCUCCAGUCGUGGCGAAGGAGGAGGAACCGUCAUGCGAAUUAUAGUGCCUCUGCAAGGCGUUGUUCAAGGCAGGGGAGGCCUUUUUUUGGGCUCGGUUAUACCGUGCGCGCUCUUUUACUUUCUUCAGCUCUAUCUGAAACGGCAUCGUUCUGCCCCAAGCACACCCCCGCCUCCGCCUAAGGAUGCGGCGGCCUCUUAUCCGCCGUCAAGCUCGGAGGGGCAGUUGCCGGAGGUUUCUGUGCUCACACGGUCCUUUUCUCGGAUCCAUCCCUCACCGAAGAGCCCGGGCGGACCUGCUUAUGUGUCGUCUCGGGUUAGCUUGGUUUUGAAGGGUGGAGACUCGCCGUACGAUAUCGGGUUGAGGAAGGUCUCGGAGGAUCCAUAUCAUGAGGCGGGUAAUCCGGAUGGGGUUAUUCAGCUUGGCCUGGCAGAAAACAAAUUAUCGCUGGACUUGGUUCGAGAUUGGCUGGCGGAGAAUGCGAGGGAAGCGAUGCUAGGUGGAGGGAGAAGUGGAGAGGAGUUGAAUAUUGAUGGGAUUGCAAGUUACCAGCCGUUUGACGGUUUGAUGGAGCUGAAAGUGGCAGUGGCAGAAUUCAUGUCUCAAGUCAUGGAAAAGGCAGUUUCCUUCAACCCCUCACAAAUAGUUCUAACAGCUGGUGCCACCCCUGCGAUUGAGAUCCUUAGCUUCUGCCUAGCAGACACUGGAAAUGCAUUUCUUGUUCCCACACCAUAUUACCCUUGUUUUGAUAGGGAUGUAAAAUGGCGAGCUGGCGUGGAGAUAAUACCCGUUCCCUGCCGCAGUGGUGACAACUUCAGCUUAAGUAUAACGGCUCUUGACAGAGCAUUCAACCAGGCAAAGAAACGUGGUACAAAAGUUCGUGGGAUUAUCAUAUCAAACCCCUCAAAUCCUGUGGGAAAUCUGCUUAAUCGGGAGACACUGUAUGGCCUUCUGGACUUUGCCAGAGAGAAGAACAUACAUAUUGUCUCAAAUGAAAUAUUUGCUGGAUCCACGCAUGGAAAUAAAGAGUUUGUGAGCAUGGCAGAAAUAAUUGAUUUGGAAGAUUUUGACCGGAACAGGGUUCAUAUUGUGUAUGGUCUAUCAAAAGACCUCUCUCUUCCAGGUUUUAGGGUGGGCGUUAUCUACUCCUUCAAUGAGAAUGUUCUGGCUGCUGCUAAAAAGUUGACUAGGUUCUCUUCCAUUUCGGCACCAUCCCAGCGCUUACUCAUCUCAAUGCUUUCAGAUGCAAAAUUCAUUCAACAGUUCAUUGAUAUCAACAGAGGGAGGCUCCGAGGAAUGUAUGUAAAGUUUGUGGCAGGGUUGAAGCAAUUGGGAAUAGAGUGCAUAGAGAGCAACGGGGGUUUCUACUGUUGGGCUGACAUGCGUGGGUUAAUCCGCUCCUACAGUGAGAAAGGUGAGCUGGAGCUCUGGGAUAAAUUAUUGAAUGUAGCUAAGGUAAAUGUAACUCCCGGAUCUUGUUGUCACUGUAUUGAACCUGGAUGGUUUCGGUUCUGUUUCACUACAUUGACCGAAAAAGAUAUUCCUGUUGUUAUGGAACGAAUUCGGAAAAUUUCCGAAACCUGUAAAUACCCUAGUUGAAAUGCUCUUGUUUCAUUCUAUACGGUUAGAUUUCUUGUUAGGGGCUGAACAAGCCCCAACUCUGGAUCCUAUGAGGAAGUUCAAUGAUUAUGAGUUUCCUCAGGUUUAUAGUGA